UAAUCUAUAGAUCUAGAUCUAUUUUUUAUUAUAAUUAACAACACAACACUACGGAGCAGAUUUUGUCACCAGGCAGUGAGUUAAGGCAGUGUCGCAGUGUUUUUCUUCUUCUGGUAACUGACAGUUGACUAGAGUUGACUGAGUUGACAGUGACACUGACUUCAUCAACUCUCAAGACUCAAGACUCUCAGCCACUGAGUCUAAGACUAAGAGUCUAGUGACAGUCUAGUCUAGUCUGUCAAUAGAUCUAGAUCACUAGAUUUACUAUUAUUAUUAUUAUUCAAAAUAAUAUUCAUGCUACUGCUGGAAGUCUGCUCUAAAAUUUGACUAAAAUGAAUCCAUGGCAUAUUGUCUUGUAAAAUGUCAACCUUAGACAAAUAUUAUUGUUGCAGAUUCUGCAACCUUGUAUUUAAUGGCCCCAUACCACUUCAGCAGCACAAUGAUUGUGCCAAACACCUCAAUCAAGUCAAAUUGAGCAUGAUCAGCGCUAGCUCUUGCAGUCCAAAACCAAAUUCCCCAAGUGAAACAGAAAAACAGGCUCAGACAGAGAAACAGAACAGUGUUUGUCAAAAAAAUGUAAACCCCCAACGAGAAUUUUUACUGGAAAAUUUGAAAAAAGCCUGUGAUAUCGCUAAGAGAAGUGCACUUGAGGUGAAUGGAACUAACCAGCUAAGUAAACCCCCAGUAAAACCAGUAAAUAUUGAUCCUGCUUCUCCUAAUUUAUCACGAAAUAAUUCUCAAGCUGUAGGUUUACAAAUGGAGCCUUCUCAAGGGGGUUCAUUCUUACAACAAACUGGACCGAAUGGUGAACCUUAUGUGAUGAACGGUGAUAGAGGGUAUUGUUAUAUAUGUGGCAUUGAUCUCACUUCCCAGCAACACUGUACUCAACAUGUGGAGGGAGGAAAACACCUUAAGAAGUUGCGAGAGCUGGAAAACAGAAGCAUGUUUAAUACAAAUAGCAGAAAUACCUUUCCAAGUCAGGAAAAUCUUGCGCAAGAACAGGCAAAUAAUAGGGGACCAAACGGUGAAGAGUAUGUUUUAACAGCAAUAGGUGGUCGAUGUUAUGUAUGUGGUGUUCAAUUCACAUCUGAAUCACAUGGUUCGCAACACUUGUCCGGACAGAAACAUAAGAAAAAAGCUUCCCCUUAUUUAUUUCCAGGACAGCCUGCUCAGAAUCCUGAACUUCAGAGUAGCCUCCCUUCUCAACCUUAUCAAGUGUCUUCUCCUUCUCUGUUAUCAGGUGUAAAUGCAUUUAGACAAGAGAGAGUGCAGAAAGAAAUCACCCCCUUACCUGCCACGGAGAAAAGAGGCCCAGAAGGGGAAACUUACUUCAUGCGAGGCUCUAAAGGAUACUGUUAUGUCUGUGAUUUAGAACUCACCUCACCCGAGCAUGCACAGUCCCAUUUAAACGGCCAGAAACAUAAAAAAAAAUGUGGGAAUUCUGGGAUUGAAGGAGCUGAACCGUCAGUUUCAGGAAAGGUUUUGAUGUGCUCGGUGUGUAAGGUGCCGUUUUCUUGCAUAAAAAACGCAGAAGAGCACUUUAAAAGUGAGAAACACAAGAAGAAAGAGCAGCAGUUUUCAGCAUGCAAUCUGCCCUCCAGCAGUUUUGACGCGGGGUUUCUAAAUGACCCAGAACAGACGCUAGUUAUGAAGGUAUAUCAGUCUUCAUUGUCCCAGAAUCAGAGUUCUGCUCCCAGCAUCUCUGGACUGAAUAAUAGUUCCAUUACUCGGACUUCAUCAGAAAAAAAAGAUAUUUCGCCUUGCUCCUAUUCCAGUAAAGAUGACUUACAGUGUGAUUCUACAAUAUCUCCUUCUGCACUUCCGUCCUCGAUAAAUGGCCCUGUUUUAAAUCCAGUGGUGUAUUGUCAAAUACUGGAUGGUAACAGCAGUAAUUUGUCAGCGUCUGUCAGCACAACACCGCAGAGCCCUGAUAUCUCAACUCAAAUUCCUCUCAAAAGUCACACAGCACAAAGUGCAAACAACAACAAUGAGCAGUUACAGCAAUAUCAAACUAACACUGUUACAAAUGAGACAAGGCCAGAAAUAAAAACGUCAAAUAUUGCCAGUGAUUUAAAACAAGAUGAAAACAACCUAACAUGCAGCCCCAAUGAAGUUUCCAAGUUAAAAAGUAAGAAACUGGGAGUACAGACUGGGAUCAGUACUGUGCACAUCUCAGCAGAAAAUACACCAAGUUUUUCAAGUCUUACUGACAACACCAAGCAGAGUGUUUUCCCCUCUCCUGUAGCCUCCAGGAUUUCAGAAGAAAAAGAAAUCAACACAUCAGUUAGUCCUCAGCAACAGAGAAGUUCAUCAACUCAGCCUUUAGAGGCAACUGGCAGUAUACCCUUAAAGUCAGGAAAUCCUUUGCAACAAAGAAGCUUAUCAGUCCAGUCUGAAGCAGUUAUGUCAGUAAGUCCUCUACAACAAAGAAGCUUAUCAGUCCAGCCUUUAGAAGGAGCUAGCUAUGCACCCUCUAAGUCAGGAAAUCUUCUGCAACAAAGAACUGUAUCAAUAGGAGCUCAGCCUAAAGAAGCAGCUGACUAUACACCUGCUAUGUCAGGAAAUCCUCUACAACAAAGAAGUUUAUCAGUCCAGUCUGAAGCAGGUACAUCUGGAAGUCCUCUGCAACAAAGAAGUCUAUCAGUCCAGUCUGAAGCAGUUAUGUUGGGAAGUCCUCUACAACAAAGAAGUUUAUCAGUCCAGUCUGAAGCAGGUACAUCUGGAAGUCCCCUGCAACAAAGAAGUCUAUCAGACCAGCCUAAAGAAGCAGCUGGCUAUACAUCUGCUAUGUCUGGAAGUCCCUUACAGCAAAGAAGUUCAUCUGUUGAAGCUCAGCUAACCCAAGAGUCCACUACCACAAGAGCAGUUUCUGCUUCACACCCUGAUGUGAGGAACUCCAAGCCUCCUUAUACAGCUUAUUUUAUACCCUCAGAAAAACAGAUCCCACCCAAUGUCAAAGAUGGGCUAGAAUCACCCAAAGGAAACCAGACAGUAAACAUGCUUGAUGGGACAUCCCAGGGUCAAGAGCUAGCAGUGCCACAGAAUGAUAGGAGCCAUUCACCUGACCAUAACUGUCAAUUUGAGGACCCAGAGCAGCCAGCACAUAACUUAUCAAACCCCAACAGUUUGGUGGCUGGAACUAAAGUUCUUCAAAAAAACACACAAAGUGAUGCUAACUUGUCCCUAGCAAGUCAAUAUCAUAGUAUCAACUCUGCGGAUCAGAACUGUACCCAAAAUGUUUGUGAUGAAAAACAACUCAACAGAGUAGGCCAUAAUGAAAAUACACCCAGUCAUUCAGAUAGACCAUCUAUGACAGAAAUUACACAAAAUAGGCAAGAAGUUGCUUCUGGAGUUAAAACUCAAUCAUCUGUUGUUAGCAAUGGAGAGGAGUUUUUCAGUGUUAAUAGUGAGAACAGCUCACCACAGUGGCAAAGGAGUUUACAGUCAGCAGCAAACGAUUCCCAAUCUGAAGCUAGGAUAGCUGUUGGAGGUAGAGAAAAUAAUAACCCAAAUCUUGUUUCGGCUUACAAAACAGAAGAAAGAAAUAAUUUUCCUCAACGUGACCAGGAUUCUGAUCAAGAAAAGAGACAGGAGAGGAUGGAAGUAACCCCAGAGUACCCAGAAGAAGAUGGAAUCCAGCAGGACAGAAUGGAAGUAUCACCAGGAAUCCCUGGUCAAGGAGGAGUUGGACAGGACAGGAUGGAAGCAACACCAGAACAGUCUAGCCCACAACAGAUGGUCCUUAACGAGAACGACACGGACAUGAAUGAUUACUUCUUUGACGGCAGGCGCGGCUUCUGUCAUGCAUGCAAUUUAAAGCUGACGUCCCAACAGCACGCUAAUCAACACUUAAAUGGACAGAAACACCACAAAAAGGCCGCACAGAGGAUACUGAUGUUGAAUCUUCAACAGAGGGGGUUCUUUAAUGGUACCACUCAGAUGGCUAACAAUGUUCCCAAUUUCUUGACUCGCCAGGAGAACGCAGGUAACCAAGAUCAACCUUUUGUGUUUAAUGUUGAUAAAGGACAUUGUUACGUUUGUAACAUUGAGCUAACAUCCAAACAACACGCUAACCAACACUUGACAGGGAAACCCCAUAAACGUAUGGUCGAGAGGGCUAAUAUGAACAAACUGGGGAUUAAAUAUCCCGAGUAUUGUGACAUUUGUAAGAAGAGGUUCACAGGUCAGGAAAGCGCUGGGCAGCACUUCACUUCUAGUAAACAUAAAACUAAGGAAGAUCUUCUUGCCCAAACUGUAAACCCUAUCAGAACUCUGGACGACUGUAAAGUUAUAAUGAAAGAUGGACAACAAUGGUUCUUCUGUGAUGUCUGCCAGUGUGUCCUAAACACGCUGAAGCAGCUCUACGAGCAUAGAGAAACUCCUAAGCAUAAAAAGGAAUUUCUUAUCAGACAGGAAAUGGCUGAUGCAGCUCCUUCUGAUGAAUGUGAUGGUAACAGAUUUAAUCAGGAUGCUGUGGCCAAUGCACAGAGAAACACUGUGACGGAAGGAGUGAUGGAUAAAAAUCGACGUUUCUUGACUUAUGGAGAAGUACCUUUUGCAAAUUGUGACAGGCUUUCACAAACUAGGGAAUUGAGUCCUGUUGGGCUUGAUGUCCGAGGUUCUCCGUUGCUAGUAGAGUCUAGAGUACCCAGAUAUGGGGAUGGGGCAGCAGCCACAGGAAACAGAGAAUGUUCUCCCUUGACAUAUCCUCAAAGCCAAACUCCAACAAAUCCCCUGUACAACAGCCCAUUUGGUGGUGCUAGGGGUGGUUGUUAUUCCCCCUCUCAUUCUGGGGGUGGUUAUUCCCCCUCUCAUUCUGGGGGUGGUUAUUCCCCUUCUCAUUACGGAGCUGUUGGUGAUGGAAGAAGCGGUGGUGAAGCGGCUGGUAACAGGAGGGAAGGAAACCAAAAUGGCAACAGUUCCAGAGAGCUAGGUGAGAGGUCAGCAGGAAAUGACUCAGACGGAUAUGAUGAUACUGAUGGAUUUGGCGCUGCCAGAACUGGAGACCGCGCAGGCUUUAUUUCAGCGCCAAAAUCAAGAGGCACGAAUCGUGCCACAGGCCGAGGCGGAGAAAGAGGAGGGAGGAUUUCGCUGGAUAAAAAAGAAGAAAUCGAUAGCGAGGAUGAAAUGGAACAAAUUGAAGACAAAUUAGACUGUUUCAACAUCAAAGACGACGUGGUUGUUACAACAACGAAACCUGAGGUAAGCAACACCCAGGGUCUGGAGAGAUACAGAAAGCAAGGGUUUCGUUAUCGCUGCAGCAUUUGUGACACUCCCCUCAACACUAAAGAAGCCUGGGAGCAGCAUGCUAAAGGCAGCCGUCACCUUUAUAAUUUAUCCUUUCAAGCUGCACCUGUAAGGAAUUUGGAACCAAUUCGCAAAACAUUUAUUUCUGAGAACGACAUAGUUAACCAAGCAUUCAAAGUGAUAAAAGAUACACCACGCUGUUAUCAGGUAGAACUUGUUGUCAAGGCAAUGAAGGGAGACUCGAUUAUUUACCUGCCCACUGGUACUGGUAAGACUCUUGUUGCCGUGGUGACCAUUGGCCUCAUGCUGCAAAGAAACCCUUCAAGACCAGUUUUAUUCCUCGUGGACAAAGUUCUCCUUGUGUUACAGCAAGCUAAGUACAUAAUGACACAGCUGAAGGAUAAAAAGGAUAAAAAUGAUAAUCUGUUCAACUUACCUGAUCCCCACAAUGAAGGACAGUUUAUAGAGAGGGAAGUUAUUGUCAGAACAUUAUUUGGUGGCCAGGUUUCCAAAAGUGACAUUCCAAUUUGGAAGUCAGAUAUUAUAGUUACCACAGCAGCCUACUGCCACAAUAUGCUGAACAAGAAACUGAUCCGAUGGGAAGAUUUCUCCUUGGUUGUGAUGGAUGAGGUCCACCACUGCCACAAGGGCCAUCCAUACUUAAAGCUCUUCAGCCAGUUCCACAACCCAUUGCCUGAGGACUCCAGGCCAAAGAUAUUGGGGCUGACAGCCUCACCAGCUGGUAAAGCUACGGUGCAGGAAACUUAUGACAUGCUUAAAACACUUUUGGCUAACCUAGGUGGUGCUAAAAUACAAGUAGUUGAGAAAGAAAUUUUAGAACUUGAAGAGUUUCAAUCUUCAGCUAAACUCCAUGCGAUUUGUGUCCCCAUGUCCCACAAGGAGAAGGAUUUCAGAUUCCACCUUCUGAAAUACUUUAUUCUCUGCUAUAUCAAGUUUGCUCCCUUAUCUUCACUGAACAACAAUGAUAAUAUUCCUUGUUCCUAUCUUCUGCCUGCUGUAAAAAGCCGUGGUGAUCUAGGGGCUGUUGAGCAAUUAGCUCAACAGUUUCUCAAUGAUGACGAGCCUUUAACAGAACUGAUGCACAUGAUUUACAACUCUGGACCUUUGAAGGAUAAUGCCAAUGAGAAGUUUCACUUUUUGAAACUUCACAUGUUUGAAAUUCUCCUGGUCUUGCCUGAAGUGUCCACUGGCUCAGAUUUCAUCCCUGGCCUGCUGAAACUUCUGGAGCCAAAUCCAUUUUUAAAGGAAUUGAACCUGCCGUACAUGGAGAUGCAACAGAGAGUGAAAAAUUUUGCAGAGGAUGGUAACAAAGACUUGACCAUGUUUUCUAAACUUAUUAUGACACUCAAAGACCCCAGUUACAUGGACUGGUCUGUUGAAAGCUGUAAAGCCUUAGUGCUUGUAAGGGAGAGAAAAAUUGCCAGACAACUCAGCCAUAAACUGCGUGAAGAAGCGUUUAUUAAGGAGCGAGGCUUACGUGUGACCCACCUGGUUGGACAUGGAAGUGGUGCGCAGGAUGGGGGAAUGGAUGUCAAGAAGCAGAAGAAAGUUCUUGACAAUCAAGAAAGGUAUAGAGUGGUAGUAGCCACCUCCAUCAUGGAAGAGGGCAUUGAUUUCCAGUCCCUACAGCUGGUUGUGUCCAUGAAUCCACCUACCAGCCACAGGGCGUUGGUGCAGAUCCGUGGCCGCGCUCGGCGUAGGGGAAGCCACUUUGUCAUCCUGUGUAGCAGUCAGGAUGAAAUCAACAAACUUAACCAACUGCAGGUUCAAGAAGAGAAUAUGAAGACAGCUGCUCAAAAGUGUGUUGCUGAGGACCAAAGCAGAGCUUCAUAAGUAGUUGAUUAGAAAAUUACGAGCUGACCCGCGGCGUAUCAUAUGCCGCUAUUUAGUUGUUUUAUUUUCUACUUUUCAGUAAUUCAUAAUUUGUGAAUUCGACAGUACCAACGCUGCCACUGAAAAU